GGAUAAAACCCAUACAUCAUGGUGGGCCUUCCCGCUAGCUGGCUAGUGUUGGAGUCACUGGCCAAAUCGCGUCCCCUGCGAGGACCGUCCGUCUCUAGAUAGGUCCUGGUCGGCGUGGUACCCAAUCCGUGUCCAAUAAACCCGUAAUCAUUGUUGGAAUGCAAGAAACAUCACUCAGCACUCCCAGAUCAAGGCACCUCAAGAACAAGCAUCACAAGAACAACAAGGUAGACGGAGCUGCCUUCCUCUUGAGACAAUGCAAGUCUCUCUCCCCUCUCAAACAAAUCCACGCCCACAUCUUCCGUUCCAAUCUCCACCAAAACAUCUCCUUGUCUUCCACUCUCAUCACUCUCUACGCUUCCCUCUCUCUACCUAUCUUUUCCCACCUAAUCUUCUCUUCCAUCUCUCAUCCCAAUCUCUCUCUCUUCAACCACGCCAUCCGUGCCUUCUCAAAGUUCCCUUCCUUAUGCCUAUCUUCCCUCCACCUCUACCUCCAAAUGACCCGAAACCGGAUCAAACCCGACAACUUCACCUUUCCUUUUCUCUUCAACUCCUGCGCUUCUCUUUCUUCGCUUCCACACGGGGUUGAGAUUCAUGGGCGUGUUCUGAAAACUGGGUUUGGGUCGUGUAUCCCCGUUUCGAAUGCGUUAAUUGAUAUGUAUGGUAAAUGCGGUGGGUUGGAUUGGUCCCGUCAAGUGUUCGAUGAAAUGCCUGAGAGAGACGUCGUAUCUUAUAAUGCUGUUUUAGGCGCUCACGCAAAGCUUGGGGUAGAAAUGGCUGAGGCUCAGAGAUUGUUCAAUCGGAUGCCUGCCAGGAAUGUGAUAUCUUGGAAUGCGAUGAUAGUAGGUUAUGUUAAUGGUGGGGAUUUGGAUUCUGCGCGUGGCGUAUUUGAUGAAAUGCCUGAAAGGAAUGUUGUUUCUUGGACAACGAUGAUCGUAGGUUAUACUAAAAGUGGGUCUGUUGACGUGGCUAAGCUAUUGUUUGAUGCAAUGCCUGAACGGAAUUUGAUUUCUUGGACAGCAAUGAUUACUGGGUAUGCACAGAAUGGGCGGCCCACGGAAGCACUGGAACUUUUUCGCAGGAUGGAGAUGGCAAGGAUGAAGCCGGAUGCCAUCACUAUGACUGGUGUGAUCUCUGCAUCAGCACAGUUAGGAGGCACUGAGCUGGCGAAUUUUACCAGUUCAUAUGUCAACAAAAAUGGCAUUGAAAGGAAUGCAAAGGUCCUUACGGCGCUGGUUGAUAUGCAUGCCAAGUGUGGAAACAUGGAAGAAGCAUGCCGUUCAUUUGAUGAGAUUCCUGGGCCUGAUGUCUACUCCUACAGCGCACUUAUCACAGGUCUUGCUUCUCAUGGGCAUGGCAUCAAAGCACUUGACAUUUUCAAUCGAAUGCGAGCUGAAAAUGUUGAACCUGACAAUGUAACAUUCAUCGGGGUCUUGAAUGCAUGUAGUCAUACUGGGCUUGUUGACGAUGGUUUGAGAUUCUGGAAAAGCAUGGUUGAGAUUUAUGGGAUCCAACCAGGUCCUGACCAUUACGCUUGUAUGGUGGAUAUGCUCGGACGUGCAGGCCGAUUAGAAGAAGCACACAAGCUGGUCAAGAGCAUGGGGACAGGGCCUCACUGCGGAGCAUUAGGAGCACUGCUUGCGGCCUGUAAAAUGCAUGGUAAUAUUGAGAUUGCGGAAGCUGUUGCAGAGCAGCUCUUCAUGCUUGAGCCUGAGAACACUGGGAAUUACAUGCUUCUUUCUAGUAUAUAUGCUCUGAAAGAGCGAUGGGAAGAUGCUGCUAGGGUGCGGGCUGUGAUGAAGGAUAGAGGAGUCAGUAAGCUUCCUGGAUGCAGUUGGAUUGAGGUUAACAGCAAGACCACCAAAGUACACUACAAAUCUAACUAGAGAGCUUUUGGAAAACACAAAUGGUCGCAUGGACAGUUGCUACAUUCAGCGGUAUGGCCGAUGGCUGGCCAUUACUUGAAAGAUGAGCUCAGUCGCCAUUUGAAGCUGGUUUGACAGGUUUCCUCCAUUCCACUCGGACUGGGACUUCAAAUUCCACCAUUCAGUUUUUUACACAUGCGAAUUGUGAUGUUCAGAAUCACCCUUAACCGUGGCUUAUAUAUAGCAAAGCAUCCAGAACGAGGACAGUUCCAAUCAUCAUCAUCAUUAUUAAAGCCUUAUCCUAACUAAUUGAGGUCAGAUACAUUAAUCCUGUUCUGCUGUCAUGAUUCAGGAUAAAAGUUGUGGGGAAAGUUUGAUACCAGAUGUCAACCUGAUGCAACCCUCAAAUCAUCAGAUCAUCUUUGAAAGUGGGCGUAGAUGGGGCCACAUGUGUAACGAACCUUCGUCAUGAUAUAGGCAAAACAAACUCUUUUGCAGUUUGAAGUGGGCCUCAUUGCGUUUUGAACCAUUUUCCAGAGGAUGCCAGAUGUAGGCGAUUUUUUUCGUAAAGCUUGAGGUUGUUGGGAGGCUUCCAUGCACAUGCUGGAUGCUGGACUGUAAUUUCACCAGGGAUGCUACUAUCACAUGUGUUUGAAAUCGGGGAUGCUCGUCUAAUGGGUCCAACAUCAAUGGGCCAUAUCCUUGAGUUCGGCUUAAUUGGACAUUCUCAUCUUGAUCAAAUUGAUGAUUUUUUUUUUUCUUUUUCUCAAGGGUUACUUAAGUGGCUCAACCCCCACAGUUCAUUGUUCGGAUCCCAGUGGACCAGCCAGGUGAAGCAAAAUAAAAUAUUUAAGCAUGAAUGGCCCAAUGAACUUCGCUUGAACAAUAGUUCAAGCCUUUUUUAUUUUUUGUUAUGUUUCUUUCGUAGGGCAUUGGGCCGAACUGGAUCUCGGACUACGCCCUGUCAGGAGAGUGGAAGUUAUGGUGAUGGUGCCCAACUUGUACAAAGAUAAUUCUUAUACUUGUAGAGUUGUCAAAUUUAUAUGAAGUUAUACCAUUGUAAUAGGGUGUAGAACUCUCUUAAGCAUUUCAAAACUCUAGAAUAUAUGUAGAAUAGUUUCGGUUUAUUAUCUUUCUAAGAUUUGGAUGAAUGACCACUGAUGUAAUGUUGUCUUUU